AUGAACCUCACAAAAAACUCAAUUUCCAGCCAUAGAAAAACUUUGAACUACUUAUUCUAUUCAAUAAAGCAAGACGAGUUAGCGAAAUUUAAACACCUAUUGAAAGCGGCGAAACAAGUGGUUGUGUUGUCUGGAGCUGGCAUUAGCGCGGAGUCAGGUGUCCCAACAUUUAGAGGCCCGGACGGAUUGUGGAGGAAAUUGGACCCUUCCAUGCUGGCAAACCCUGCAUCUUUUAGGGAUGAUCCUGGUUUAGUUUGGGAAUUCUAUCACUAUAGACGGGAAUUGGUUUUGAAGGCAAAACCAAAUGCGGGUCAUAUAGCAGUAGCCGAGUACGAAAAAAGGCAUGCACACGACAAAUUAGUAACCGUUAUUACCCAAAACGUGGAUGGCUUACACACUCAAGCUGGUACCAAGAAUAUAAUAGAGCUUCAUGGAAAUAUAUUCAAAACACGCUGUACUAAAUGUAAUGAGGUUCUGGAGAACACCGACAGUCCUAUUUGUCCAGCACUAGCUGGUACCGGUUCUCCGAAAUGUGAUAAGCUGACAUCUGACAUCAGAGAAAAAGAUCUCCCACAUUGCAAAAAACCUAAUUGUGGCGGCUUAUUACGACCGCAUGUUGUCUGGUUCGGUGAAACCAUCGAUUUUCGACUUUUUGAGAAAUUUGAUGUCGUUAUAUCACAGUGCAACGUGGCCCUCGUCAUCGGAACGUCGUCAAUUGUUUACCCCGCAGCUGCGUUUCCAACAAUAUUAUCAGCUUCGGGUUCAAUCGUAGCAGAAUUUAAUAUUGAAAAACAAUCACCAACCUCACGGAAAUUCGAUUUUUAUUUCCAAGGACCAUCUGCUGUCACGUUACCACAAGCACUGAAUGAUUAG